CUACUACUAGUAGGGUUGUCUAUCCGCCUCUCCCUAAAUAUCUCUUCACUUCGCUUAUUCGCUCUCUCUCAAAAUACAGUUCUCCCUCAAAAACCUUAUCUGCAACAGCUACAGAGGUUAACUAUGGCGUCCUCCGCAUCUUCGUCUCUCCAUUUCCUCUCUCUAACCCCCAACUCCCUCUCCCUGUCCAACACGAAACCCUCCUUUACCCUCUCACUCCCCUCCUUCAACUUCCCUCCCUCCUUCUCCAUAUCCCCUUCAUUUCUCCGCGUUUCCCCCAUACCCUUCCACUCCUCUCCCUCUCGCCUCGUCCAACGAAACGUUGCCGUUUCCUCCGAAUUCGAGCAGGGCGAAGGGCUCUUGAACGACACCGAGGAGGAGCCCAGCUUCUCGCCCGAACUCAAGCUCUUUGUCGGCAACUUACCCUUCAACGUCGACAGCGCCACUCUUGCCGACCUCUUCGAACGCGCCGGCAAUGUCGAGAUGGUUGAGGUUAUAUAUGACAAGAUAACUGGACGAAGCAGAGGGUUUGGUUUUGUGACAAUGUCUACCACCGAGGAGGUUGAGGCGGCUGCUCAGCAAUUUAAUGGCUAUGAACUCGAGGGCAGGGCUCUGAGAGUGAAUUCUGGACCUCCUCCACGGCGAGAAGAAUCUUCUUUCAGAGGUUCCAGGGGUGGAACGAGUUUCAAUAACACCAAUAGGGUUUAUGUGGGCAACCUUGCAUGGGGUGUUGAUGAUUUGGCACUUGAAACCUUGUUUAGUGAACAAGGGAAGGUUAUGGAAGCUAAGGUUGUUUAUGACAGAGACAGUGGCAGAUCAAAGGGGUUUGGUUUUGUAACCUACAGCUCUGCUGAUGAGGUCAACAAUGCUAUUGAAUCCUUGGAUGGCAUUGACCUAAAUGGCAGGGCAAUCCGUGUAAGCAUGGCCGAAGCUAGGCCAAGGCGCCAGUUUUGAUCGUUGAGUCUCGGCAGCCUCUUUUCAAGUAAGAACACACUUCAGGUUUCUGGGGCAAUGCAACUGUAGGCUUUCAAUUCUUUUCAGCAAAUUUUGAAGAAUAGGCUCCUUUCAACUCAGUAAUUGUGCACAUGUGAUCUGUGCAUCUGACAAGCAAGAGCCUGUAAUGUUGAACUGAAGUGUGCAUGGGCGCCGAUUAUGAUGCUUCGGAGAAGAUACUGGUUCUAAUUUAUGUAUUUUUGCUUUUGAUGGAAUAGGUAUAUGAAUUGUUAGAUCAUUUUGUUUUCAAGGAUAUUUCCCUAUUUGCUGUAAGCUUUUAGAAACUCUGCCUCUGAGCUUGCUCACUUUCUGGGUUAAGAACUGGCGAAGAUGCAUCUUCUUUGAAGUUAGAAGGAAAAGCUAAUGCCUUACUCA